AUGGAGAUCAUGGGGAUGACGGGGUUGAUGGGGGGGGAUGAUGGAGUUGAUGGAGAUGAUGGAGAUGAUAGGGAUGAUGGGGAUGAUGGGGAUGAUGGGGAUGAUGAGGGUGAUGGGGAUGAUGGGGUUGAUGGGGAUGAUGAGGGUGAUGGGGAUGAUGGAGAUGAUGGAGAUGAUGGGGAUGAUUGGGGUGAUAUGGAUGUUGGGGGUGAUGGGGAUAAAGGGGAUUAUGGGGAUGAUGGAUAUGAUGGGGGUGAUGGGGAUGAUAGGGUUGAUUGGGUUGAUGGGGAUAAAGGGGGUUAUGGGGGUGAUGUGGAUGAUGGGGAUGAUGGGGAUGAUGGAGAUAAUGGAGAUGAUGGGUGUGAUGGGGAUGAAGGGGCUGAUGGAGAUGAUGGAGAUGAUGGGGAUGAUUGGGGUGAUGGGGGUGAAGGGGGUGAUGGAGAUGAUGGAGAUGAUGGGGGUGAUAGGGAUUAUGGGGAUGAUGGGGAUGAUGGAGAUGAUAGGGAUAAUGGGGAUGAUGGCGGUGAUGGGGAUGUUGGGGGUGAUGGGGAUAAAGGGGAUGAUGGGGAUGAUGGAUAUGAUGGGGAGGGUUAUGGGGGCGAUGUGGAUGAUGGGAAUGAUGGAGAUGAUGGGGGUGAUGGGGAUGAAGGGGCUCAUGGAGAUGAUGGAGUUGAUGGAGAUGAUAGAGAUGAUGGAGAUGAUGGGGAUGUUGGGGGUGAUGGGGAUAAAGGGGAUGAUGGGGAUGAUGGAUAUGAUGGGGGUGAUGGGAAAGAUAGGGAUGAUGGGGUUGAUGGUGAUAAAGAGGGUUAUGGGGGUGAUGUGGAUGAUGGGGAUGAUGGAGAUGAUGAGGAUUAUGGGGAUGAUGGAGAUCAUAGGGAUGAUGGGGGUGAUGGGAAUGAAGGGGGUGAAGGAGAUGAUGGAGAUGACGGGGUUGAUGGGGGUGAUGGGGAUGAUGGGGGUGAUGGAGAUGAUGGAGAUGAUAGAGAUGAUGGGGAUGAAGGGGGUAAUGAGGAUGAUGGAGAUGAUGGGGAUGACGGGGGUGAUGGGGAUGAUGGGUGUGUUGGGGAUGAUGGAGAUGAUGGAGAUGAUGUGGAUGAUGUGGAUGAUGGAGAUGAUAAAGAUGAUAAAGAUGAUGGGGAUGAUGGGUCUGAUGGAGUUGAUGGGGAUGAGGGGGAUGAUGUGGAUGUUGGAGAAGAUGUGGAUGAUUGGGGUGAUGGGGUUGAUUUGGAUGAUGGGGGUGAUGGAGAUGAUGAUGAUGGGGAUGAGGGGAAUGAUGUGGAUGAUGAGGAUGAUGGAUGUGAUGAGAUGAUGGAGAUUAUGGGGAUGAUGGGCAUGAAUGGGGAGAUGGGGAUGAUGUGGAUGAUGGAGAUUAUGGAGAUGAUGGGGAUGAUGGAGAUGAUGGAGAUGAUUGGGAUGAUGGGGGUGUAG